GACUGAUAAAGUCAUACAGAAAAUCAUUACUUCAAGUUAUUGCUGCUAAAAGUGGAUAUACAAACAACUGAAUCAUAGGGUGUCUUUAGUUUGUCACCCAUGGCUUUUCCAUAUUGGCUUUAUUUUUGCUAAAUAAAUAAUGUGAUACAUCAUGUGUCACUGGGUUACUUCAUCUAAGGUUUUUUUCCCCAAAAAUUUUAAGACCUGCCAAGGACUAGAUUAUUUUUUUGAUUAUGUCCUGAUACGGAAAACCAUGGAAUUAUAUAGGGUCUCCUUUCUUUUUCACACAACUGUAUAUAUACACAUUCAUAUAUACAUAAAUGGAAUGUAUAUGGAAUGUCCCAAACUUUACAUCACUCCACUCUCAAUGUGUUCAGAAUUGGCCUUCAGAAGGAGUUGACGAUUUUCGAGAUGUCCACGCAUCAUUUUACCUGCGCUGUAAGGAACUUUCUCUCAGAGUGCUCCGAGUGAUGGCUCUUUGUUUGAACCUGGAAGCAGAGGUCUUUCUCAGCGCACAUAAGCAUAUUGGAAGUGAUGUGAAUGGAACGACUCUACGGACUCUGUACUACCCUCCGGUGAACAGCACAUGUGUGAAGGAAAAUCAGCUGCGCUGUGGUGAGCACUCUGAUUAUGGUAGUAUCACGUUGGUCUUCCAAAGCUCAGAGGGUGGACUGCAGGUUCUGAACCGGGCUGGAGAGUUCAUUUCAGCCCCCAGCAUUCCUGGAACAGUUCUGAUUAACAUAGCAGACCUGAUGCAAAGGUGGACCAGUGAUGUCUAUGUGUCUGCCGUUCAUAGGGUUUUGCUGCCCCCUGCAGGUGACUCCAGCACACGUCAGUCUUUGGCCUUCUUUGUACAACCUGAUGAUGAGGCCAUCAUUUCAUGCUGCGAUGGAUCAGAUAAAUAUCCUCCUGUUAAGUCAGUUGAUUACCUUCUAUCAAGGUUCAAAGAUUCUUACGGCAAAAAAUAGAUCCUGGUUUAAGUGAAAUUUUAUGAUCUUGUAUGUUUUAAAAAAAAUCAGUAAUAAUCAUCAGAGCACAUAAUUAGUGAAGCUGACAUAAUUUAAUACAUUAGAGAAACGUAAAGCACAGUCAAUUACUCCUGAAAUCACAAAAGAUACUCAAACAAGGCAAAAAACAAAACAAAAAAAAACUAC